AUGACGUGCGCGUUCGAACUCGAGCGCCAAGCUCGGAUCGAUUCCAACCGUAAGCGCAUGCUCGAGAUGGGCAUCGUGGGCAUGGCGCGCGACCUGGCGAAGACGGCGACACCGGUGAAGCGAAACAUCGGAACGACGCAGAGGAGGAUCGAAAGACGACCGGUGACGCCGGAGAGCGAGCGUAGACGGUCGACGCGCGAGCGCAAGACGGUGAGCUACGUCGGGAUGGAUGACGGAUCGAAGGAUCGGGAAGACGUCACGUUCUCGCGAGCGCGGGUCGCUCGGGCGCCGAAGGAGCGAUCGCCGCGGGCGACGUACUCGGUGGGCGGUCGGGUGUACGACAGUGAGCUCGGGGUGACGUGCCACUGGUGCCGGCAGAAGACGGUGGAGACGCACGUCCAGUGCGUCGGUGAGGCGUGCCAAGGCGCGCGAUUGCCGCUGUCGUUCUGCGGCAUGUGCCUGCGGAACAGACACGGUGAAGACAUCGACGACGCGGUGGCGUCUGGGUGCUGGGAGUGCCCGCGAUGCCGAGGAUCCUGCGGCGAAGGGUGCGUGACGUGUUGCAACUGCGGGCCGUGCCGCAAAAAGGCGGGCUUGUCUCCAACGCACCAAAUCAUCGGUCUCGCUCGCGCGAACGGGUUCGACAACGUGCACGAUUAUUUGGUCCAUCAGGCGACGGGCGAAAACGCCGAGGAGAUCGCCGCGCGCAAGCUGUCGUUUUCUUGGGGUAAGUGGUUGCGAGACGACUUCUGUCGACCGGUGGAGCAAACGGCAAUUGCGGACCAGCGACGCGUCGUGGAUGUCACCGCGGGUUCAUCCGCGGACGAAGAAUAUAGCGUUCGAGAUGUCGAUACGCCCUCUGAUUCCAACGCCAGCGAGUCCGACGAUGAUCAGUUCAUGGUGGUGCAGCGCACGCCGCAGAAGAAACGUUCCACCGCCGAGCCGGAAUCCGCGUUCGCGUCGCCGGCGAAGAAGUCUCGCGCGAGAACGCCUUCGCCGAAGAAGUCCUCGCCUUCGCCAAAAAAGCGCACAGUAUCUUCCCCGAAGAAGCACUCAGCGCCAUCCACGCCCGAGCCCCUUCGCGAGUACGGCGAAGACGUCUAUGAGUUUGAGCGCGUGCUCGCCACUCGCAAACGCGGCCGCGGGGAGCAGUUGCUCGUCAAGUGGAAGGGCUUCGGCGAGGACGAAGCCACUUGGGAGCCGAAGACGAACAUCAUCUUCCAGUAA